AUCCAAAUUCAGUCGCACUCGAGACACUGCACCGUGAUCAUGAUCGUAUUCUUUUCCCGGAUCGUCAGUUACGUCUAAUACGUUCGAAUUUGCGAUCUUCCUUCGUGCAAAUGAUAAUUUUGAAAAUUUUCUUGGAAAAUUACUAACUUUCAUUUCACUUUAAUUACUGUGUCACAUAAAUAUUUUUCCUAAUUUAUUAAAAGGAACAUUAUAGUGAUCGUGUGUGAUCCUCCGGGUGUGAAUAUUAUUAAUGGUGUAUAAAUAAAACUUUACUCCAAUUUCCUUCUGGGAAUUCCUAUUUGUAAGCAAUAGAGGGAAAAAUUUCAAUACAACUGGAUUUAACAUCGUCAAAAGCCAAAAAUAACUCAGCCGAAACUUUAUUAAUUAGUUGUUGGCACAGUAUCACAGCCACCUCCAACGUCAGGAGUAUCUUCGGCGGCAACAAUUAAAAUAUCAGGAACAUCAGUAUCGUCAUCGAUUCUACGAUCCCGAGGAGCAUCUCACAUACGAAGUUAGACAGUAUUCAAAUGAUAAUAAUAUUGGCUGGAAGUACUACGACAAUUUCUAUCCACACUUCGAUGCACCAGUCAUAAUGCAACGCCAAGAAGUUAUAAUAGAGCACAGCCAAUUAGUGAGAGAUGGUGAAAUUCAGGCACCAACUGCCACACGAAUUAAUGGCAAUUUCAUGUACAGAUCUCAUCACUACACUCAGAUUGUAGCCGCUCUGGCAAUCUCUCUGGGUCCAUUGGCUGCAGGCUUGGGCAAAGGUUAUGCUAGUCCUGCCAUCGACAGUCUACAGGAGUUACAAAUCAAACCCCGAGGAAAUUACACAACAUUCUCCGUCAGCGAUCAACAAGCCAGUUGGGUGGCCAGUCUAACACUUCUAGGUGCCCUGUUUGGUGGCUUAUUUGGCGGUCUGGCCAUGCAGUACGGCCGCAAGAGAAUUCUAGCUUUUAUGUCUCUACCCUUUUCGCUAUCGUGGAUAAUCACAGUGUUUGCCAAGUCAGUGGAAACGAUGUUUAUGACUGCUUUUUUCGGGGGCUUCUGCUGCUCCAUCAUCUCCAUGGUGACUCAAGUCUACAUCAGUGAAAUUUCUUCACCUGAUAUCCGGGGAUUUUUGAGUGCCAUUCAGAAAAUAGCCGGUCACUUGGGAUUCCUGAUAUCAUUCUCCCUGGGCGCAUAUCUCGACUGGCGACAACUUGCUAUGCUGGUGUCAGUGGCUCCAAUUAUGCUUUUUCUAACUGUGAUUUAUGUACCAGAAACUCCGAGUUAUUUAGUGUUGAAGGGACGUGAUGAGGACGCCUAUCGAUCUCUUCUGUGGCUUCGAGGUCCAAAUAGAAAUGUAGAAUUGGAAUUGGAAACUAUCAGGUCAAAUAUACGGGCAGUGAAGACAAAUAUUGCAAUCCUGCCAAAGGUAAACACCACAAAUCUACUGUCGAGUGCAUCUAUAAGAAUCAUCUUGGCCAAUAUUAAAUCAGCUCUGAAGAAUGCACGUCUCAUAAAACCUGUCUCAAUAACCUGCGGCCUUAUGAUUUUUCAACGAUUUACAGGUGCCAACUCAUUCGGUUUCUAUGCAGUGAGAAUCUUCAGGAAGACAUUCGCCGGAAUGAAUCCUCAUGGAGGCGCAGUGUCAGUGGGGUUUGUCCAGUUGCUGGCGUCGAUGUUGUCCGGCUUAUUAAUUGACAGGGUGGGCAGAAUUCCACUAUUAAUUACGAGCAGUGUCUUCAUGUCACUUGCACUCGCCAGCUUUGGAUCCUACGUGUAUUAUGAAGAAACGAAUAAAUUAAUUGCUACGAAUAAUUUUGAAGUCGACACUGCAUACAACAACGAUUGGAUCCCUCUCCUAUGUGUUCUAGUUUUCACAAUUGCAUUUCAACUUGGAAUCUCACCAAUAUCUUCUCUUCUCGUUGGUGAACUAUUUCCAUUGGAAUUUCGUGGUAUCGGAAGCUCAAUUGCCACGAGUUUUGGUUACUUCUGUGCUUUCCUUGGAGUUAAAACCUUUGUAGAUUUCCAGGAAAUCUUUGGUCUUCAUGGUGCAUUUUGGCUGUACGCUUGCAUUUCCUGUAUCGGCCUUUGCUUCAUCGUAACGUUCGUUCCGGAGACUAAGGGAAAGGACCUCGAUGAGAUGAACCCCAAAUUGGUUCAAACGUUGACUAUAAAUCGAUGAGAUAUGGGUACCCACGUAGAAUAUUUAGUAUAGCGCGUAGUAUUGCGAUUUAGGCAUUAUCGUGAGAAAAGAAAAUUCUGACAAGCUUUGCUAAUAUUUCUAAAUUUAGAAUCAAAAAUAUAGCUUUCAAGUAUAGAUCUUAAGGAAAUAUUGUCUUCUUUCCAUUGCUCAGUCUUUACAAUUUUGACAUCGAGAGAUUAGAAUGAUUGCAGUUUUUUUUUAGUUUUAUCUCAGCUUCAGAAAAUCUUCUCUUAAUAUUUGGAUUUUGUAAUUUCGAAAAUUGAUUUUUCGAAAAUUGAAAUUACAAAAAACCAAUGCUGUGGAUAAAAAACUCUUAGGUCUAAAAAAAAUCUCUUUUCUUGCAACGAUUCUAAAAAGUGUUCUUUCUCUUCUAUUUUUUUUUAAAUGUAGUAAAAGCAGUUGUAGAAAUCACUAGAAGCUUCUAACUAAAAAAAAGAAAAAACAAAUCGUACGGUGAAAAUAUUAGGCAUCUAAAAGAAACUCAAAAUAGACUUUUUUAGAGUGAAACACGCUUAUGUCAAGUUCAAUUAUUUUAUAAAUAAAACAUUAAAUAAUGAGAAUAAAAAAAAUUGAAAAAAUGGAAAUCAAUAUUGUGAGAAAGGAGUAGCUAAAGCAAAUCCGAAAGAAUUUGUACAAUUUUUAGAAAUCAGUUUUGCCAAGUGAUUAAUCGUCAUAUAAAACAUGCAUUAUAAGAAAGUGUUGUAAUAUGCAGAUGAAAAAAAAGUAUUGAAAAAAAAAAUGAAAAUAUUGAAACUAAUAGCUUUAGAUGUUGAGGAAACUUGAGGUAGAGAAUGUAUUUAUAACAGAACCAUGUGGAGCAUAUUUCAAGAAAAUAUAUUAGAAAAAUAAAUGAGAUAAAGCACAUUCAUUUUUAAAUGAACAAAAAAUUAAAAAAAAAACUUACAUUAUGAAAAUAUAAAGGGACAAUAUUCAAUAAAAUAAAGAAAAAAAAUCUAUUUGCUGUUGAAAUUUAUGACAAUAAUAACUUUAAAAACGAAUAAACGAUUAUUAUACGUAGAAUAAAAGAUCGAAAAUGUGAAGAUAAAAAAAAAUGGAAAUAUAUUUAUAAGACAAAUUGUCAUGAAUUAAUGAAGAUGUGACUAUUUUUACAAAAAAAGAAAAGCAGAAAAAUAAUUUUUAAAUCCUUCUAACGUCAGUGAUCCUGGAAAGUUACAAUAAUAUUUUUGUUGGAAUAUUAGAGUAACUAUAUUUUCAAAGUUUUAUUCUUCUAUCUCUAAUAAAAGUGCCAAAUUAUUUAAUCCUUUAUAAACCUCUUCAAAUUAUUAAAACAUAAAAAAGUAUUUGUUGAAUAGUAGAUCAAAGAAAAAGAUAACUAAUUAAAAGAAGUAUCCUCAUUGCAAUGCAAUGUUUUUGACCACAAAAUCAUACAAAAUGAGAGAAAUUAGCAAAAGAAAUAUACCCUUAAAAAUCAUACUGUUUAAUAUUAUAGAAAAAAAAUCUAAAAAUAAAUAAAAGAAAAUCAACAAGUCGCAUAAUCGAAAGGUCCGAUAUUAAUUGGAUAAUUUAUGACUCAUUAAUCUUAUAUCAAUGUUAAAUGACUUAAACAGAGAGAAUUUUUAAAACAGUUUUUUUUUAAGUAGAAAUCAAAUAAACUUAUCUGUAGUGAAAUUUUCUAAAUACAACUUCAAUUGAAAGUAUUUAGAAAAUUAUAAUUACAGGUUAAUUGCUGAGUGAAUUACAAAAUAAGUAGAAAAGAAUGUUAGGCCGCGCAGGCGCAGCACUAUAUACUUUAUAAACGAUCUGUUACUUAUAAAAAAUAUACCGAAAAUCAAUAUGAAGGAUCUUGAAAAACAAAUUAGAAAAAUACAAAAUAAAAAAAAAGAACUAUUGAAUGAGACAAUAAUUUUAGAUCUUUAAUUAGAAGUAAAUGAAGAAUUAAAAAGAAAUUUUUGCAGCUCUUUUCACUGAGAUUGAGAUAAGAGGAAUACCAAUUACUUAAAAUGUAUAUAACAUUAUAAAAAAAAGAGUGAAAAUGUACUUAAAAACAGUAAAAAAAAUGAGAAUAUCAACUUGAUGAACUAUAAAACACAUCAUAAUACGAAUUUUUAAGUAUUUUACGAUUAUACUUGACAUGUUUUUUCAAUUUAGACGGAAAAUCGAAUUCCAAACGUUGUUCUAUACUAAUGUUUAUCAGAAAAAAAAACAGUAAUCAUUUUUUCUAGAACGGAAUUUCCGUAUAUAUUAUAUCCUGUAUUUAUCAACUCCUAUUUACCAAUUAUUUUAUUUUUCUAAUUAAUUGUCAAAUAUAAAAAAAAGAAAA